AUGGACCAAUACGACGUCGCAGUGGUGGGACUUGGUGUCCUGGGCAGUGCAGCAAGCUACCAAGCUGCUCUCAAGGGCGCUAAAGUGAUCGGUCUUGAACAAUUUGAAUUCGGACAUGUACAGGGCGCUUCUCAUGAUACGUCGCGCAUUGUCAGGAAAUCGAACUCGGAGCCAGAGAAUGUGAAGCUUGUUAAAUCUGCCUACAAGGAUUGGGCUGAGCUCGAGAAGCUCACUGGUCAGAAAUUGUUGACUACGACCGGCGGUCUUUUCUUCCUUCCCAAGGAUGCACCUUACCCUAUCGACAACUAUAGAAAAGCUUUAAGUGAAAAUGACGUUCCGCAUGAGGUACUGGAUCACAAGGAGGUCAACAGGCGCUGGCCUCAAUUCAACGUGCCGGAGGGAGUCGACACGGUAUAUGACGCGGACAGCGGUAUCGUCCAUGCUGCGAAGACCGUCAUGACAAUGCAGUACCUAGCACGUUCCAAUGGCGCCACCUUGAAGGAUCAUACUCGUGUGGAACGCGUCACUCCCAAGAGCUCAGGUGGCGUCGCGAUCGAGACAUCAAAGGGAACCUUCCACGCGAAGAGAGUGAUCCUCACGACCGACGCAUGGACAAACAAGCUCCUCGCACCACUCGGCGUGCACAUUCCUCUCCGCAUCAUGCAGGAACAAGUCACGUACUUCAAGCCAACAGACCCGUCCGCCUUCGGACAGGACAAGUUCCCCGUAUGGAUCUGGGGCGGCCCACAGAACUACUACGGAUUCCCGACCUACGGCGAGCCCACAAUUAAAGCAGCGCACGACCAGGCAAUGAAUUUCAUGACUCCGGAGCAGAGAACCUUUGUCCAUUCACCGAAGCUGUUAGAGGAACUGUGCACGUUCCUUCAGGGUCUGAUGCCUGACCAGGGUCGCCAGCCUCUUCGCACUAUUACGUGCCAAUAUACGAUUACGCCUGAGCGUCGGUUCAUUAUCAGCCCCCUUGAGAAGAACCAGGAUAUUAUUGUGGGGCUGGGUGCUGCGCAUGCGUUUAAAUUCGCGCCUGCUUUUGGCCGUGCGCUAGCGGAGUUGGCUGUUGAUGGGAAAACUAAGGAGGAUAUCUCUAAGUUUGGGCUCCCGAAGGAUUCGAGCGGGAUGAGCAAGAUCUGA